AUGGGGGAUAAUUUAUCAUUUGAUCUGCUAAAAGAUAUUUACAUCAAUUCUGGGAUAAUGGGAUUAGAAAAUUUGUGUAAAUUAGCAGCUGAUCAAUUGGUAAAUUUGAUAAAUUAUGAUAAUUGGGAUCAAGUAUUAAAAGUUGCUUGGGAUUCAGAUAUUUUGUCUAGUAAAUUACAAUUAAAGAAAUCAGCUUUAGAUUUUGUACAUGGUAAUUGGUCAAUUAUAAGAAAUACUGAAAAUAUGAAACAAUUAUUAGCUUCUGCAACUAUAGAAUGUAUAGAAGAACUAAUGGAAACCAAAAUAUUUGGAAACAUCGAGCAUUUAUCCGAUAGCUUUUGA